AUGGCGCUCCGACUGUCCCCUAACCGGCCCUCGUGCCCUAUUCAUAGGCCCAAUCCUCCAAGGCCACGGGCUCAGGUGACAGCGCUUAAGGCGGCUGAGGCCACUAGGUGGCAGUGGAGGCCCGCACACUGGAGGCCGGCAGGGAGGAUCAGGGCUGGGAGGAGAAAGGAGGCUGAAAGGGUGGGGACAGAGGAGGCCUCCUGUCCCCUCCUGUCCCCUCCCCUUUCCUUGGGGGACCCACAUUUCUGGCCUCGCCCGGCCUCCCUUUGUCCUCGCCUCCCCUGGGGACAGGGGCAAGGCUGGGGCCCCGUUCACCAGCCGCCCACAGAGCUGGAGCGCCGAGUGGCCUUCCACAGGGAGCAGCUGGGGCACGUGGAGAAGAAGAAUGCCGAGAUGUACAAAGUGUCCUCCCAGCAGUUCCACGAGGCGGCCUCGAAAAUGGAGACCGCGGUCAAGCCCCGCGGGCUGGAGCCCGUGUGCUCGGGCCUCCAGGCCCAGAUCCUCCGCUGCUAUGGCGACCACGCGCGCGAGGUGCUCCUGUGCUCGGAGCUGGUGAAGGCCUACCGGCGCUGCGUCACCGUGAGUGUCACCCACAAGGGCUGAGGAGCCGCCGCCGUCCCCGGCUCCGUGGCGGUGACAUCGGGGACCCCUCCGCCCCCCAGGAAGAAGGGCCCGAGGGUCCCCAGGGCCCUGCUCUGUGUCGCCCGCCCGGGGACCCCGUGUCGCCCCGGGCCGGGGCCGCCGCGUGCUCGGGGCGCAGAGUCCGGCCUCGGCCCGGAGGCCAAUAAAGCAGGUGUCUCUGGCUGCA